AUGUGGCAGCAAUGUCCUACGGGCAGCAACCACGCCGCAGCCAGUGAAGGCCGGGGCCUUAGUAAAAAAUUUGUUAGCUGCGGGAGUCGAACCCAACCAGAGACUGCUCUGCCCUCCGCAAAGCAGCAGCCCGGAGGGGGGGGGGACUGCCUUGAUGCGGCUCCUGUUAAUUUAUGGAGCGAAUGUCGCGUCCAGGACUUCACUGGGCAGCUGACGUAG